CCGGCGGGCAGCGGAGGCCGCAGGCAUGGCGCGCAGGAAAGUGAGGCCUCGGCUGAUCGCGGAGCUGGCCCGCCGCGUUCGCGCCUUGCGCGAGCAGCGGAACCGGCCGCGCGACUCGCAGCUCUACGCCCUGGACGACGAGACGCUGACCAGGCCGCUGUCGGGCCGUCGACUGCCGGUGCGCGCCUGGGCCGACGUGCGCCGCGAGAGCCGCCUCCUGCAGCUGCUCGCGCGUCUCCCGCUCUUCGGCCUGGGUCGUCUGGUCACCCGCAAGUCCUGGCUGUGGCAGCACGACGAGCCGUGCUACUGGCGCCUCACGCGCGUGCGGGCCGACUACACCGCGCAGAACUUGGACCACGGGAAGGCCUGGGGCAUCCUGACCUUCAAAGGGAAGACAGAGGACAAGGCCCGGGAGAUCGAGCACGUCAUGUACCACGACUGGCGGCUGGUGCCCAAGCACGAGGAAGAGGCCUUCACCACAUUCACACCCACUCCAGAGGGCACUCUGCGCUCUGUGCCCUACCCACCGCUGCUGCGGGCCAUGAUCCUCGCGGAACGAAAGAAGCAUGGUGAUACCAGUGUCCAGGAGCCACUUCUGAACUUAACGCCUGUACGUCCCUGGGACUACCCUGAGAAACAGGAGGCCAAGGGGAAGUCCAAGGGCACUCCAGUGUAACCGCCACAAGUGGCAUUGUACCUGGGUGAGGCAGUGGGGGUCAUGUGAUGGACAAGUGUCUUUAAGUAAACCGGACCGCCCUUCCGGCGCAGGGUUACAGGAGAACAUUUUCGCCUCGACAUCUGCCUGUGAAUGAACGAGGAUAGGUGCCGGCCUUUCUUGUUCCUGUGGCUAGAAAUAAAUGCACGAAGUGGA